AUGAACCCUCAUCAGCAUCAGCAUAAUCAUCCUCAUCCUUUUGCACCAAACUAUUCAAAAUCGUACCCUUCCGGUUUUUCUCAUCAAUAUUAUCAUCACAAUGUAAAUCCUGAAGGUGGGAGUAUGGCAACAAGCACCACAAAUCCUCCUCAUCAUCAUCAUCAACUCCAUCCAAGUGCAAAUACAACUCCAUCCGCAAGUUUGUUAUCGAAUUACUCUUCAUCCACCGCAAUGUACGUUCCCACUUCCAAUACCAACAACAACAAUAAUAAUAACAAUAACAACAACAACACUAACGGAGGAUAUCAUUUUGCAGCUGCUUCGAUAUCCGUGCCAACAAAUCAUGAAGGUAGAUCAAAUAAUAAUAGUAGCCCUUUACCUCGCUCAUCACCAACGACGUAUUAUCAUCAACAUCAUAUGGGAGCAACAACCACUCAACAACAACACUCAUCCUCGCAAAACAACAAUAUCUAUCACACCAAUAGCUUAGGAACUAACAUCAACAACAAUACUACUAGUGCGCCUAAUAAUAACAAUAAUAGUAGCAUCUAUCAGCAUCAGUCCUUUGGAAGAUCACAAGGCUUCGAUCAAGCAGCAUUGCAUCCAUAUACUUCACCUUCCGUACUUCCAUCAUCAUCCUUCAAUUACUACAGUACAAAUAGUAGUGGUCAUGGAGAGGUAAUAACGACUAGCAACAAUAACAACAAUAACAACAUCACCACUCAAAAUCAAUUUUCAAACAAGACAUUUGCAAAUAGUGGUGGAUCUAAUUCUCAAUUACAAUAUAAUCAACCAACCAUUAAUACCUCUUCAUCCAACGUUGCAUCAAGGAAAUCUUCUUUAUCAUCAUCAACGCAGAAUCCUUCUCCCACAAAAUUCAUCCAAAUGCAAAUACCUGGUAGUGCGACAACCCAAAAAGAAUCCUCUCCGAACUUGCUUAAGAGGACUUCUCCCUCUUCAGCCUCUAAAAACGUUGUACAACCAUCUUCGCAACAAAGUGAUCAUGUCGAUUCGAUGGAAAGUGGUGGCGAUGAAGAUGAUGUUUCUGCAUCCUCUCCUCGUAGUUCAAAUGGAACUGGUAGACGCACUAAAAAGAGCACCCGAGCUUGUGAAGCUUGUCGAAAGCAUCAUAGAAAGUGUGACGGUUCCUCUCCUUGCAAAACUUGUGUGGGCAAAGGAAUUGAAUGUAUUUACACGGAACGAAAAAAGAGAGGCCCUAAAAACGAGGCCUCCAAACUUCUUAAAAAAGAAAUUGAGGAGCUAAGAGAGCAACUCCUUCAAACACUUGAACAGCAGAAAGUAUGGGAGCAACGAUAUAACGAGUUACUAAGGUCAGCUUCAGUGGGGCAGGUUCAAGGCGCCACCUUUGUGCCCACAAACCAUGAACAACCUGUUUGUGCAGCCACAAAUUCACAGCCCUUUAUUCUGCCAUCCUCUAACAAUGCAACUUCAAACCCAACUCAACAUGUUGUCAUUAAUAAUCUGUCUCAACCACUAACAGUAGAGAAUAAUUCUCAGCAUUUCCCUCAGACAUUCAACCCUUCCAUGCCCAACUUUUCAGAUCAGCAACAACAAUAUCAUCAAUUCCAAGAACUAAUCUGGAGUAACAACCCAUGCACAAGUACAGCCAAUUCUAAAUCAGUUCAAAUGUAUUCCACUGCAGCUUCAUUUGAAGAUGUCAUGAACAAAAAGAGAAAAUACGAAGCCGAAACAACAAACAUUGAAGAAAAUUCAACCAAGAAAGUCAAGAAAACUGGGAAUGUUGACACAACAAUUGAAGAAUUGGAUCUAACAAAAAAGAAAGCAGUGAGUCCAAUGCGUUGUGAGGGACAACAUUUCGCCUUAUGCUCUAUGGUUACCCGUUUUGUUAAUGUUUGGGACAAGUUUGUCCAUCCAUUUCAUUCUCUAUUACCAAUGAAGUGGCAGUCAGCCAUGCCCGAUCUUUUAUUUGACAUUAUUCGAAAUGAUGGACACCAUUCCGAAAACUCUUUAUUUAUGUAUAGCUUGCUUUGCAACUCUGCUAGAUCAAUUGGUGACGUUUCACUGAGUAGAGAUCUUCAUCAAAGGGCUGUGCAGUUAUUACCACUUCAUUCCGAAAGCAGUGAUCCACGAGUUGGGUUUUCUUUAGUGUUACUCGGGUAUUAUUGCAUGUCUGUAGGUUCACUUAAAAAAGCACUUGAUUAUUCCAAGAAUGCUCUACGUGUUGCAUAUGCAUCAGAAAGACCUCCUGAAAAUCUAAUCAUGAACGCAUAUCUCGCAAUUGGGUCAAUAUCUGAUGACUAUGAAGAGAGAAAGAAAAACUUCAAGCAGCUUGCAAGUACAGGUGCUGUUUGUGAUGUCUUGCUGGGUGUGUCUGGGGAAGUCCAAAAUGAAAUCACUCAUGGUGGAAACGUCAGUUACAAGGAUCUAAUUGCAAGAAUGACAGAUCUUCUUGUCUUGAAGAAUUUAUCUUCUGCUAACGUUUCGCUUAUGCAUGAGGUUGGAGUUUAUGGUAUUUUAGUAUUGUGUUUACACAAGGCCUGUUACAGAGAUUUGGCAAUUAAUUAUGGAAGAAAAUUAUUAGAGCUUUCUAAAGAUGCAAACUUUAAGCAUUGUUGUAUUGGUACCACAUCCACUGCCAUUGCUCAAGCUGCUAGCAUGUUCUUGGACUUUGAAUGCUAUCCUGAAUUUUAUGAAUGCAUGACGAUUAUGGAUGAACUGUCCAUGCGCUUUGAAUUGGCUGGAAUGAUGAAAGCCAAUGUUCAAGAAAGAUUUUCAGUGCUGAGUAAUCAGCUUGCCCUUAGCUCAAGUGGUAGUAGCAACUCUUCUCUUAGUCCAGGAAAUAUGAUUGGAAAUUUCUUUGAAUCCUAUUAUUAA